CUUUGUUAGUAUUAAUAACUUAUUACCCAAGCUUUGAGAGCGAAAGUGAAUAGGAAAGCACAUCAAGGCAUCUAUAAAUAUAGCACUCGAGUCGAAUCAUCUACAGACAAAAAUAUCCCAAGACGCAUAGUAGUGGAGAGAAACAAUCAUGGCUACCGAGGAUGUUAAUGGCGUUACUCACGAGCUAUCGGCUCUCUUCUCCUCUGGUGAGAGGGACUUUCUCGUUCGCAACAAUGGUGACCAGGUUAAGAUUAGUAGUUUGAAUGGGAAGAUUGUUGGAUUGUAUUUUUCUGGAUCAUGGUGUGGUCCGUGCCGCCGUUUUACCCCCAAAUUGGUGGAACUCUACAACGAGGUUGCUUCGAAGGGAGAGCUUGAAGUUGUGUUUGUGUCUUCUGAUCGAGAUGAUGAGUCAUUUAAUGCCUACUUCUCUGAAAUGCCAUGGCUGGCUAUCCCCUUUUCUGAUCCUGACACCAUAAAACGAUUGAAGGAGUCUUUUAGUGUCAGGGGGAUUCCGAAGCUUGUCAUUAUUGAUUCAAAUGGGAAGGUUUCGACCGAGAAUGGGACCGCGGUUGUGUUGGAAUAUGGUGUUGAUGCAUACCCUUUCUCUCGCGAAAGAAUUGACUUUUUGAAAGAGCAAGAAGAAGAAGCUAAGAGGAACCAAAAUUUGAGUUCAAUUCUGGUAUCUAGCUCCCGGAACUACCUGCUUUCGAAAGAUGGGAAUCAGGUUCCUGUCUCUGAGCUUGAAGGUAAAACUGUUGGACUCUUAUUCUCAGUGAGUUCUCAUGAACCUUGUAUUGAAUUUACUAAUACACUUGUUGAGGUUUACAAUAAGCUCAAGGAUAAAGGUGAGAAGUUUGAAGUUGUCUUAAUAUCUCUGAAUUAUGAAGAGGAUGAGUUCAAGAAAGGAUUGGAAACAAUUCCAUGGUUGGCUUUGCCAUACAAGGAUAAGAUCACUGAGAAGCUUGUGCGUUACUUUGAUAUUUCAACCAUUCCUACACUAGUCAUACUAGGUCCGGAUGGGAAGACUGUGAACUCCAAUGUAGCUGAACUGGUUGAAGAACAUGGCAUUGAUGCCUACCCCUUUACCCAAGAGAGGAUUGCUGCUCUUGCUGAAAUUGAGAAAGCGAAACUGGAAUCACAAACGCUGGAGUCAUUAUUGGUUUCUGGAGAUGAUAAUUUUGUAAUUGGCAAGAAUGGUUCCAAGGUACCGAUUUCUGAACUAGUUGGAAAGAAUGUUGUUCUCUAUUUCUCAGCUCACUGGUGUCCACCAUGCCGUCGAUUCACACCUAAGCUUAUCAAGACAUACAACGAAAUCAAAGAGAAAGACGAUGCAUUUGAAGUAAUCUUCAUCUCUAGCGACUCAGACCAGUCCUCCUUCGAGGAAUACUUCUCCAUCAUGCCUUGGUUAGCCCUUCCAUUUGGAGAUUCAAGGAAGAAACUCCUGAACCGAACAUUCAAAGUCGAGGGCAUUCCAACAGCGGUAGCCAUUGGUCCAUCUGGUCGAACAGUGACAAAGGAUGUUGUGGAACUCGUAAUGGAUCAUGGGGCAAAGGCUUAUCCAUUUACAGAAGAGCAGCUGAAACAUUUGGAGGAACAAGAAGAAGAAAUUGCAAAGGGGUGGCCUGAGAAAUUGAAACAUCAUCUUCAUCCUGAACAUGAGCUUAAGCGUGCUCAUCGCCCAGGAUACUGCUGCGAUGCAUGUGAGGAAAUGGGAAAGGGAUGGUCUUUCUACUGUGAGGAAUGUGACUUUGAUCUUCACCCAAAAUGUGCUUUGGAGAAGGUUGAAGAAGAGGGUAAAAAUGGUAAUGAUGCUGCUCAGAAUGGAAAGGAGGGGUUUGUUUGUGAAGGUGAUGUGUGCCGCCGGGUUUGAGAAACAGUUAAAAUGAAAAUUAAGCUCCGUAUGUGUGUAUUUCUAUGGUUUUCAGCUCAGCUCCCAUGGUGUGUUGUCAUCUAAUUGUUAUACAUUACAAACGUUGCUUUGUAAUUCUACUAUGUAAGCAAAUAAUUAUGUUGAGCUGAGGUUGUAAGAUGAAUAUGUUUUGUUAUGAUGAGGUCACUUUUAAACUAAAA